UUCGCCCUGCUGCUGCCGCCUGCACUGUCACUCCUCGCUGGCUCUGCGCCGUCGCCGGCCGCGCCGCGUGCCGGCCGCGGCGCUCGCAUGGCCGGCGGGGACGUGCCCUCGAUCAUCGUCGGAGGUGGCAGGAUCGGCUCGGCGCUCAAGGAGCUCGGCGUCGAGGGAGACGUUGUGCUGCGGCGAGGCGACGCCUUCCCAGCCGCACCCGCCUCCGGUCCAAUCUACGUGACGACGCGCAACGACGACCUCGCUGGCGUGGUGGCGGCCACGCCACCGGAGCGGCGGCAGGAUCUGGUCUUCCUGCAGAACGGCAUGCUCGGCGAGUUCCUCGAGGAGCAGGGGCUACCCGACGCAACGCAGGUACUGCUGUACCUCGCAGUCGCCAAGCUGGGAGAGCCUCCCAUCGACGGCAUCACCGACACCAACCCGGACGGCCUCACCACAGCGAAGGGGCGAUGGGCCGAGGCGUUCCGGGCGCGGCUCGCCGGCGGCGGGCUGACUUGCCACGUCAAGCAGGGCGACGAGUACACCAAGGCGAUGCUCGAGAAGCACGUGUGGAUCUGCGCCUUCAUGGUGACGGGCGCGCUGCACGGAGGAGUCACGGUCGGCGAGGUGGAGAGCGCGCACGCCAGCCAGCUCAGAGCGCUGGUCGACGAGCUCUGCGCGGCGGGCGAGGCGGCGCUGGGCGUGCGGCUGGAGCCCGGCGCCUUCGAGCGGCUCGCCGCAUACGGCCGGUCGGUGGCGCACUUCCCGACGGCAGUCAAGGAGUUUGAGUGGCGCAACGGCUGGUUCCACAAGAUCAGCCAGCGGGCACUCGCGGAGGGGCGGCCCGACCCGCUGCCGCUGCACACGGCGGCGCUCCAGGAGCUGGGCGUGGUGAAGGAGGGGGCGCGCGUGUGAGAGUACCAACGAAUGUUCUUACCGCACGACUGUGAUGUGUGAAGGGAAGUUCGGCGAGGGAAGAAGGGGGAGUCUGUUGCGAGUAGGGUUAUCGAGCUAAGAUCAGGCAGUGUUUUGGGGC